CUGACGCAGGGACUUCCCGAAAGUAAACAGCAACCGCGGAAACGCUCAACAUGGCUCCCAAAGUUGAAUUCACAAACGCUGCAGCGAUCGUCUGGCUGACGUUUCUGUCUCUGAUCCACCCGGCGGAGGCUUACGGUGCGGGCGACGCUUUAGCCCUGCUCCUGGGCACCAUCCUGGCCGUGGUGGGUGUCUGCGCCUUCCUCGGCUGGUACGCGCGGAGGCGGAACGGACAGCUGUGAGAGCGACUGCCUUGCCAUCACCAACCGCAUUAAUGCCUAUCUAUCUGAUCUAAUGCGGACUUUCUGGCACUAUGGUUUGUGUCGAAGCGACUGGCAAUACACGUGCCUUAUUGGAAUUAAUGCGUCAAGCGCAACGGGAACCACGUGGAGUGUGUUGCAGGAGGUGGAGGGAGACAACCAGGAAGUCCCGAAACAGGAGCUGUAAUUUGUUGCACUGCUGAAGCUGAAGACCAAACACUGUUGCCUUUAUAUAUGAAAAUACAUGCUGUAGUUCCUGUGUAUUGUCACAAAGAUGCUUGCAGUGUAUAAUGCGCAUAUUUCCCAUGCUUGGUGUGAUCACUGUGAUUUCCUGAUGUGUUCAUGUCUGCAAUGUGACAAGUGUAAUUACAUGAGAAGAGUGGAGCUGUUGUACUUGCCGCUGUUAGAACAUGCGACAGUAGCUCUGAGAAUAAUAAAUUGCUCAUCUGAUGCUCUUCACA